AUGGCAGAAUUUAGAAUUCCUGAAGUCGAGCCUGAGGCAGAACCAGAAGUAACACCAGAACCUGUUCCAGAACAAGUUCCUGAACAGGAAGAGGCUGUUCCAGAACAAGUUCCUGAACAGGAAGAGGAAGUUGAAGAAGCGAAGCAAGAACCAGAGCCAAUGGAAGAAGAGAUUAAAGAGGAACCAGUUGAUGAAAAUGAGGCUACACAACAAAAUGACACGGAGGCUGGGGACCAGAAAGAAGAGGAAAUGGAAGAAGUUAAGGAAGAGGUUAAGGAAGAAAAAGAAGAACAAGUGAACGGAGAUCACAUGGAGGAGGAUACUGAGCAGAAGCAGGAUGACCAGAAAGAUGACAGUUUCACACAUGAUCGAGGAGAUAAAAGAAAAAGAUCACGGUCAAAGUCUAGAUCACGAUCACGUGAAAGAGAUCGCCGAAGGUCAUCUGGUGGAAGAGACCGAUCACGUGAAAGAAAGCCUGCACCAGAGCCCAGACCUAGGAGGAGACCACGUUCCCCAAUAGAACCAGAGACUGAUGAAUGGAAGUCUCUGACAAAUGUUAUCCUUGAUAAAUAUAACAGUGAAUUGUACCUGAAGAUCAGUAAAGAUGGCUUAACAGCUAAACCAUGGACAGAUGACGGUUUUGCUAUGGUAUGGGCAGGUGCCAGGGGAACUUACGGUGUGAAGUCUGGCAAAGUGGCCUUUGAAGUGAAGUUGAUAGAAAAUUUGCCAGUAGAGCAUCUAGGACCAGAUGAGACUAAUCCACAUGUACUGAGACUUGGAUGGUCCACUCUGACAACAAUUUGCUCUUAGGUGAAGAAGCUCUUUCCUUUGGUUAUGGUGGUACAGCGAAGUCCUCAACAAAUCUUAAGUUCAAAGAUUAUGGUGAAACUUUCACUGCUGGAGAUGUUAUGACAGCAUACAUUGACUUGGACUCUGACCCAGCUGUGAUCUCAUUUGCAAAGAAUGGCAAACAUCUAGGUACGUGCUUCGAGUUUGAGAAAUCGGAGCUUGGAGAGAAGGCCAUCUUUCCUCAUGUUCUGUCAAAGAAUACAUCAUUUGAGUGCAACUUUGGCUCCAAGGAGGAGCCCUACUUCCCUCUGGAAGAAGGUUACAUAUUCAUUGAUGCUGUGCCCCUAGAGGAGAGGGAACGUGGUACGGAACAACCAGAGAAACAGGAAGACUGUGAGGUUAGUAUU